UAGAUAUGGAGUUAGAGUGUCAACUAGAUAAAGAAUUAUGGGAGAUUAUCUCACAAGAGCCUGCCUUUCAUGACAAACUACACGAGAGUAAUUACUCUGCGUGUGAUGAAGAGAACGAUCCUCAAGGCUGUUUAGAAGAAGCUAAUCAAAAGUUUGGUGGAGUACAGGACAACGAAAUAAGUCCAUCAUAUGAAGAAAUUUCUUUGUUUGAUGAUAAUACUCUGUGCACUUCUAAACCUAAUGAGUUUGAUGAUUUAAUAUUUACUCAAUAUUUUUGCCAAGAAAGAAGAUUGAAGGAUAUAGGAGAAUUAAAUCAAUCAGAAAAGUCAGAGGUUUAUGAUAAUAAAGACUUAAAACACAAUAAGAAAUUAUCUAAUAAACUUUCUAAAAUAUCUUCACCUAUUGAUGAAGUCCAAAAUGUUUUCAAUUACCAAAGCAUGGUGAACUCAAUUCUGGAUACUUCUCAUGCUAAGCCAUGAUCUGCCGAGCUAUCCUGAAGAAAAGACGUUAUCAAUAAAAGAAUCGUCAGAGGGUUCAAAAGAUAUAUUGCUAGCUUAUUUGAUUCUAAAAGAAUAAGACCUUGAAGGCUUAAAAGUAGUGGUGCUGCAUUCAAGAGACCCAUGAUCCAAGAAGCAAUGAGACUAAAUAUUAUUAACUCUAACAAUAACUUGUCGACAAAUGGUUACAAUGAGUUUGUAUGCUGGAUGGCUAUGAGCAAGAACACUCAGAAAACAAAGAUACUCUUCGAUUACUCCAACCAGUCAAUCGUAUUAAUGCAGGAAAUACUCACUAAGUACUCUCAUAGUAAGCUGGAGAGACUUUACCAAGAUAAAAACAUUGCCGAAUUAUUUCUGUAUUUCAUUAAUAACGGCCUUGAUGAGUUCAUAAAAGCAUGCCCAGAUACGAAAAGGGACUUAUACCAGAGAUGCUGACUAGAGAUUUCAAACAAAUUCUGCAAAUAUUAA